CUGGAACUCAUUGACCUGAGCGUACUUCCAAUCACUUGCAUUUUGCGAGCCAAGAGAUAGACCACCACCGCCAACUUGCCUACUACCCUCUUCAUCCUCUCUUCUCACCUGCCUCGACUCACGCUUCGCCCCGAUGCCGCGAGGAGAUGAAGAUGCAGCGGCGCAACGCAUCGUCGUGCCAUCAGACGAUCCAGUCGCAAAGAAGAAGAAGGACGACGAUGUCGACGUCAAGGACAACAAGGACAAGGCAAACGGCCGCAUAGGUAAAGAUGGCAAGCCAAUCAAGGAGGAGGAGAUCAGCGAAGAGGACUUGCAACUCAAGAACGAGCUCGAAAUGCUCGUCGAGAGGCUAGGCGAGGGAGACAAGAAGCUCUACAAGCCAGCCCUCGAGUCGUUGCGUACCUUGAUCAGGACCAGCACUUCAUCCAUGACUUCUGUACCCAAGCCACUGAAAUUCCUACGACCACACUACAAUGACCUCAAGAAGACGCUCGAGUCUUGGCCCUCCCAAUCUGUCCCCGCCGCAGACCAGUCUCUCUUCGCAGAGAUCUUGUCCGUCUUGGCAAUGACGUACGCCGACAAUGGCAAUAGAGAAACGCUCAAGUAUCGUCUACAGGCGUCACAUGUAGGUGGCAAACAGGCAGAGGACCCGGGAUUGUGGGGCAACGAGUAUGUUCGCCACCUCGCGGCAGAGAUUGGCGAGGAGUAUAACGCUCGGGUCGACGAUGACAAGGAGACGAGCGAGUUGGUGCAGCUUGGUCUGCUCCUUGUCCCCUUUUCGCUAAAGCACAACGCAGAGGCCGAUGCAGUCGAUCUGCUCCUUGAACUCGAGAGCAUCGAAAAGCUGCCGCCAUACGUCGAGCAAGAGACAUUUGCCAGAGUCUGCCUCUACAUGGUUUCCUGCUCCAAUCUCCUCGUACCGCCAGACGAUGUCACCUUCCUCCGCACAGCCCAUGAAAUCUACCGCAAGCACAAUCGCUUUUCCGAAGCUCUGGUCCUCGCCCUUCGCCUCGGGGAUCGUGAGCUGAUCCGCUCAGACUUCGAGGCCCCCCGCAAUCCCGUCAUGAAGAAGCAGCUUGCACUCCUCCUCGGUCGCCAGCAGGUGCCGAUCGAGUGGCUCCAAGCCAGCGAAGACGAGCCGCUGCAAGAUCAGGAGCUCAUCGACUGCAUCUUCAACACCAAGCUCUCUGAGAACUUCAUCCAAUUUGGCAAAGAGCUCAGCGUCUACGAGCCUCGCAGCCUUGAGGACAUCUACAAGAGCCAUCUCGAGAGUGGACGACAGCUUCUUGGCCCCUCGGUGGACUCGGCGAGGGGCAAUCUGGCCAGCGCCUUCGUCAAUGCUUUCGUCAAUGCCGGCUUUGGCAAUGACAAGUUGAUGGUCGACGCCGAGGAGGGCAAGAGCUGGAUCUGGAAGACCAAGGACCACGGACAACUGAGCGCUACAGGCAGCUUGGGCAUGAGCUUGCUUUGGGACACCGAGGGUGGAUUGGGACACAUCGACAAGUACUCCUACUCGGACAAUGAACACGUCCGCGCGGGUGCUCUCCUCGCAUACGGCAUCCUCCAUGCCAGCGUCCGAACAGAAAUGGAUGCAGCACUCGCGCUUCUCUCGGAGCACGUCGAGUCCUCGAACCAGCAGGCCAAGAUCUCCGCCAUCGUUGGUCUCGGGAUCGCCUAUGCGGGAUCACAGCGCGAGGACAUCAUGGCUCUCCUCAUUGGGCCCAUCGCAGACGAGACGGUCCCCAUGGAGGUCGCCAGCAUGGCCGCCCUCGCCCUUGGCUUCAUCUUCGUUGGGUCCGCCCAUGGAGAGAUCACCCCGACGAUUCUCCAAUCAAUGAUGGAGCGGGAACCCUCUCACUUGGACCAUCGUUCUGCCCGUUUCAUGAUCUUGGGACUUGCCCUGCUCUUCUUGCAGAAACAGGACGAGAGCGACGCCACGAUUGAGACGCUCAAGGCCAUCGAGCACCCCUUGGCGAAGCAGGCACAGGUGCUUGUUGACGCAUGCUCGUAUGCGGGCAAUGGAGAUGUGCUGAAGAUUCAGCAGAUGCUGCAUCAUUGUACAGAGCAUAUUGGAGUGGACGAGGACAAGAAGGACAAGAAGGAGGGAGAGGACGGAGCGGGCGCAGACGCAGCAGCGGGCGCAAACGGUGAGCAGGCCAACGCGGAAGAGAAGGAUGCCACUCCAUCAAGCGACACCUUCCAAGGCUUUGCGGUUCUAGGCAUCGGGCUCAUCGCCAUGGGUGAGGAAGUAGGCGCAGAAAUGGUCCUCCGCCACAUGUCCCACCUCAUGCACUACGGCGAGCCCGUGAUCCGUCGCGCCGUCCCCCUCGCGUUGGCUCUCCUUCAACCCUCGAAUCCGCAAAUGGCUUUGCUCGACACCCUCUCGAAGUACUCUCACGAUUCGGAUCUCGAUGUGGCUAUCAACAGCAUCUUUGCGCUGGGCAUUGUGGCCGCAGGAACCAACAACGCGCGUGUGGGUCAGCUGCUUCGCGGACUCGCCUCGUAUUACCACAAGGAGCCAGACACUCUCUUCGUGGUGCGCAUCGCACAGGGUCUCGUAGGCAUGGGCAAGGGCACGAUCAACCUCAACCCUUUCCACUCCGACCGACAACUUAUGUCGCGCACCUCCGUCGCUGGGCUGCUCGCCACCUUGAUGGCCUUUACCGAUUCGCGCGGCACCAUCCUCGACAAGGGCCACUGGAUGCUCUACUUCCUUGCAAACGCAAUGUGGCCCCGCUGGAUCGUUACCGUCGACGAAGAGCUGAAUAGACUUCCCGUCGCCGUGCGAGUGGGCAAGGCGGUGGACGUCGUAGGGCAGGCCGGGAAGCCGAGGACGAUCAGUGGAUUCCAGACGCAUACCGCGCCUGUGAGGCUCGGAACCAUUGAGCGGGCGGAGCUGGCUAGCGAGGAGUAUCUGGCCUUUUCACAUAUCCUGGAGGGAAUCGUCGUGCUGAGAAAGAAUCCGGGGUACUCGAAGGAGGAGUGAGUCUGGAGAGAGAGGAUAGGGAUUAGGGACGAGAUGAAGAGAGUAAUGCAUCAUGAUGACCGUAAACUCGAGCUUGAGGGCAGCAGAUUGUGAUGGCCGUCUCUCGUUGCAGGAGGGCACGCUUGGCGGAAGUAGAGGGGAGAAAAAAGAUUUAAUUGGCCCGCACUCGAGCAAAGAAGGACGUACCCGCUGCUAGGGAAGCAACAUUCUCAGCGCUGUGUAACGUCUGCUCAGGCAGGGUAGAAGCGACAGGUGAUGAGAUAACGACGAUGAAGGUGGGAAUCGCUGAUUGCG